CUGUCUUUCUUCUCUUGCCUGGUAUCCAGCGACCACGAAUCAGAUUCACCCUCGGCCUCACCACCCACCCCCGUCUCUUUCUCCCCUACAACCAGCUCCAAAUAGCUGUCGGGUUUACAGGGUCGUCUGCCAAGAAACCCCUUUUUCCUCCCCAAGGUCGAAGCCAUGGUCACUGUCGUUGGGCAGCGCGUUGUCAUAUAUCCAUCGCAUACAUUGCGUGCACACUUCGAAAACCAGCUCUAUGCCUUGCUGCUGGGCGGUCCACGGAUAGACAUCCUCUCCAGACUGCCAUACGAGAUCGCAGUCUACGUUCUCCGCUUUGUUGAUAUGUCCAACUUGUGCAAGAUCGCACUCAUCUCGAGAGCCUGGAACCAACUCUCAAACGACAAUGAGGUCUGGAGAAGUGUGUAUCUCUAUCAGCAGCAAUGGAAAAUCAAAAUCCCAACCCGGAAGUCAACCCUCAUUAACAGCAGCAAAAGCAAUAGCACAAGCAAAAGCCUCGUAGAUCAACUACAGGAUCUCUCACUGUCAACGCAUAGCCAGUUGAAUUGGAAGCAGCUCUGUCACGACCGCAAGGCACUCGAGAGCCGCUGGAGAUCCAUUCCCACUAAGACAAAGCUCAUUGGCCAUGAAGACAGCGUUUAUUGUAUCCAGUUCGACAGCACAAAGAUCGUCACGGGCUCAAGAGAUCAGACUAUCAAGUUCUGGGACGCACACACACUCCAAUGCACCGACACCCUUCAUGGCCACUCGCAGUCCGUCCUGUGUCUGCAGUACAAUGAGCACAGAAUGAUCUCUGGAUCCUCCGACAACACAAUCAUAAUCUGGGAUAUGGAGACACGCCAGCCUCUCUCGCGUCUUCAUGGACAUGCCGCCGGUGUGCUCGAUGUGUGUUUCGACGACCAAUAUAUCAUCAGCUGCUCCAAGGACACCUCCAUUAAAGUCUGGGACGUAAAUAAGAUGGUUCUCAUCAGGACCAUGACCGGUCAUCGCGGACCCGUCAAUGCUGUUCAGCUGCAUGAAGGCCAGGUCGUCUCUGCCUCGGGAGAUGGGCUAGUCAAGCUGUGGAAUGUGGCAACAGGGGUCUGCAUACGCGACUUUGUUGGUCACGAGCGGGGUCUGGCUUGCGUCCAAUUUGAUGGAGUGACUAUCGUUUCAGGUUCGAACGAUAACACUAUCAGGAUAUGGGAGGCAGCGACAGGACGAUGUAUACGGACCUUAACCGGACACGAAAAGCUAGUUCGGACACUGCACUUUGACCAGAACAGGAUCGUCAGUGGGAGCUACGACUAUACCGUCAAGGUCUGGGACGUGGAGACAGGAGAAUGCACCUUGGAUCUCAACGACGGGCACGUCAGCUGGGUCUUUGACGUGCAAUUUUCGAGCAGCCGCAUUAUCAGUACGUCUCAAGACAAGAAUAUUGUCGUUUGGGACUUUGCGGGGGAUAUAGACACCAGUCUGUUCGUGUAGCGUGUGUUCUCAAGGCACCGGGCUACAUAACACGUGCCCAGGAGUUUUUUAUCAGCCUUUGUCCAGCUACAACUUGGUGCAUUCCCACUUCACCCUC